CUAUAUAUAUGUUCACAUUGUUUUAGUUUGAGAUUGGUAUGAUGUUGAUAUCAUAUCUCCCACUUUACUCACCACUCUACUUUUAAUCCCGCUAUUCGUAUAUACCAUAUUAUACAAAUUUGAUUUGUAAGAUGGAGCUCUCGCAUUCACUUGAUGCGUUUCUAGAAAACUAUGAGCAUAAAGGUAUAGUAAGCGGUGGUGGUGGAUCAUCUUUGGUACUGGAUAGUGAGAGGGGAGAGAUUGUACGGGCUGUUUCAUCUAAUCUUAAUAAGCCUGUUGUGCAAAAAGGUUGUCUUAAUCCUGAGAAAGCUAUGGUUGCUUUGAGGAAUCAUAGCCAGGCUGAGAGGCGGCGCCGUGAGAGAAUUAAUGGACAUCUUGCUACUUUGCGCAAUAUCAUUCCUGGCACAGCUAAGAUGGAUAAAGCCUCAUUACUUGCUGAAGUUAUCGACCACUUGAAACAACUGAGGAGAAAUGCUGCAGAUGUUACUAAAGGUAUUCUUGUACCAAUGGACAUUGAUGAAGUAAGAGUUGAGCAACAAUAUGACAGUUCGGGUGGAGAUUCUUGUUCAAUCAGGGCGUCUAUAUGUUGCGAGUACAAGCAUGAGGUUCUUUCUGAUUUGAGGCAAGCUUUAGAGGAAUUCCAGCUGAAGACUGUGAAGGCCGAGAUUGCAACCCUAGGAAGUAGGAUGACGAAUCUUUUUGAAAUAAGUUGUUGCAAACAAGAGAACAUUCAAGAUACAGAAGGAUGCCAGCUUUUUGCAAAUUCUGUUCGUCAAGCCCUGAGGUCGGUUCUUGAUAAAUUUCAUGCUUCAGAGGAAUUCACCACAAACUCUGCGCUUUCAAACAAGAGGCGAAGAGUUUCUCUUUUUAAUUCUUCAAAUGAAUCUUCUUUAGGGAGUUUCUGGUAAAUAAAAUCUGAUUCUCUCCUAGUAUAUAUGUUUUCCAUAUACUAUUUGCAUAUGUACAUAGGUCAAGCUUCUAGACAUUCUGAUGAUAGUAAAAUAGAUACUAUGAAUUUCUGUUUUUUCAUUGGAAAAAAUUUGUCGUAAUGUCUAUGUAUAACAAGGUGAUGUUACCUGUUACAAUUUUAACUGAGAAUGUAAAGUACAUAUGCUUAAGGCUUCUA